UGUAGAGAGAGCCGACUGCCAUUCACUGCGAGUUUAGCAUGACAUCAUAUACAAAGAGCGAGAUGGACAAUUAUCAAGCAUACGAGAAUCUACAACACAAUCAGCGAAGGAGGAUGCAGCUCCAGAACAAUCUUCAGUCACAACAAAGAAGUCAUCGCCUUAGCAGGGCUGCCUGGCUGCAGGGCCGCUGGUUGGAGAUCAGUGAGCAGGAACGCAGAGCUCAUAUUCAUAACCAAAAACUCCUGCAGGACUUUCAGAGAGCAGAAGACACACUCAGCGACAUGGUGGCCCGUACCGAAGCCAUGAACAUCAUACGGGUUCAGUACGAACAGUACCUGGAAGAGAACUUCCCACGAUGGCAGCAAAGACUGAAAGACAUAAGAGUUUCUGAAAAGUCAAAGCGGGUACAACAGCAUUUAAAGAACCAUAUUCAACACAUGGAGCAGGAUAGAGGCCAAGCAAUGUCCUUCAACUCUCCAGAUCCAUCACAAACUUCCCACACUGUGGCAAACAGUCAUCAGGCACCCAAAGAUAUCAAGCCAAAAGCUGAAAGAUGCAACCAAAAUGCCCACCAUCCAUACCUUCCACCUACAUGGUUAACUGGCUCUCAGCCUUUUAUAUCCGGACUCUCUCAUAACAAUUUCCCAAAGGAUUACAAAAACCUCCAGAACAUUCAAGCCUUGAAUCAUCCCUACUAUCCUGUACCUGGUGAUUCUCUCCAUCAGUCAGAUCCUCCAGUCCAGCAGAAGAAACCAUUAAUGGAGCAUCUGUGGCAAAGACUGCAGCCUACAGCUCACUUCACUCCUGCUGCUGCCGCCUGGCCACCACUACCAGUGGUCAACCCCAUGAUGGAAGUACCAGGCUCCAGUCAGAAAAGAGUCCAGCGCAGUGAGAACAACCAGGAAAAUGUGGCAGAAGAAACAAUACAUCCAAAUGAGGAGAACCAUUUGAGAGUAAAACACAGAAGAAAUGCAAAAGAGAGUGAUCGAACUUCUGAGCUGGAUUGUAGACCAGUGCGUCUAUCAGUCGACUGUGGAGGAAGUAGUGAAGGCAGCGCUGGAUCCUCUGAAAACCCUUCUUCUGAGAUGCAAAAACAGAGAAAGACCAAAAGAAAUGGGACCAAAUCACAAGCGUCAGCAAAUGGCAACAAAUCUGAAGGCUCUUCCACUAUGUCUGAAGAUGCUCCAGAGAGCCACUCAGACACAAAGACACAAAAAGCACAUAAGAAGCACAGCAGUGAAGAAUCUAUAAUCAGAAAGAAGAGUAUCAGUGCAGCGAGUCAAGAUGAAGAUGACCAGGAUGAAAACAUAAGCCAAGAAGCACCUCAGUGUCACAUCAGGCCAGAAAAGAAAGAAGAACCCCAAGGACAGAACAUUAGAGAGGAAGAUGAAUCCGAUGAAGGAGAAGAUGACAGUUGUGAUAUCAUUGUUGCAAUGGAGAAAGUAAGAUUUAGAAACAUUGAUGAAGAGGACGAGGGAAGCACAGAUGAAGAAGUGAUGGGAAAGAGACAUGAGAUUGAAGCCAAUGGUAAGGAAAAGCCAGAAAUGGAAGAUGAAGAAGAUGGAAGUGAAGGAGAGGAAUCAAGAGUAGAUGAUGAAGAAGAAAUGGGAAACAGAGGUGGGAUUGAAGCCAGUGAUAACAAAGAGCCUGAAGGAGGUGAAGGUGAAGGACAGACAACAGAGGAAGAGGAGAGAGAUAAUAGCUUUCAGGGUAAAAGCAAAGAAGGAAACAUUGAAGGAAGUGGAGAGGAUGACAAUCAAGUUUAUACUUCUGAGAGAGACAUUCACAACAGUCUUGAGGAGCUCUAUUCUGACGAGACUGAAGAAGGUGGGGUGAACAAUCAAGAUGUAGAUGAUGAAGAUGAUGAUGAGGUUGUGGUUGAGAAAGCUCAUCUGUGGUCAAGAGAUCCUUUAGUCGAUCGCAUUAAAAGCUCAGAUGAUGAUGAUGACAUUAAAGGUCUUCUCAACCCUGUCAACUCUCAAACACAGAAGAAGGAGGAUGUGACGGAACAAUCAAAUGAUGAACCCUCUGGUUCAGAGGAGGAAUCUCUCCCACAGAAGAAUCCUCAUCCCGCAGCCACAAAAGAUCCAGUGCAGUCUGAUGAUGAUGAUGAGUUUGACCACUUUUAUGAUUAAACAACAAACCAGAACAUAAAGGUGGGCAAUAA